AUGGACCUACAAGACAAAGGAUACAGCGCCAGAGACCUUUUGGGUGUCAACUUCGGCUCGUGGGCUCUCGCGUUCACCGCCGUCGCCCUUCGUGGCUAUACCCGUCUCCGGGUCAGGAGGGACUGCUUUGGGGUUGACGAUAUCCUAAUGUUCAUGUCCAUGGUCUGUUUCACGGUAUACGUUGCCUUUGCUAUCACCGGCAUCCACCACGGGACUGGUCAUCGUGACAAUGACUCAACUGUAGAAGCCAAAAAGUUCUGGUGGGCGUGCUACCAUGCCUACACCGUCACCAUCCUGUUCGCCAAGCUAUCCUGCAAACCGAUCUAUUACUUCUGGGAUCAAUCACCACCAGGUGGAAAAUGCGUGAGAGCCUGGGCCAUUCUGGCCGUGGGAUACACGUGCAGCGUCUUCAACAUCAUCACCGAUCUCGUCUACGCGCUGCUCCCAGCUUGGAUCAUUUAUCAUCUCCAGAUGAAGCUCAAGACGAGGAUUUCCCUCAUGAUACUGAUGGGCAUGGGAUGUCUCGCAAGUUGCGCAGUUAUAGCCCGCAUGACAUACCUCGACGAACUAACCGACUACCAAAACUCCAACUUUCUUUUUUUAACGGCCAACGUAGCUAUCUGGUCCAGCGUGGAACAAGGUCUGGCCAUCACGGCAGGUAGUCUCGCUACGCUGCGCCCGCUGAUCAUCAAAAUUGGCCGCAAGCUCGGAUUCGCCAGCGCUACGUCCGCGUCCGCAAACGAUAUUGAGUUUGGCCCGAUUGGACCUCCGGUGUUGCUUAGGGAACGCACAAACUCCAUGUUCUCGAGGAGAGGACCGUCGAAGCCUAGAGGUAGCAAUGCUGUGCUACUUGAGACGGAGACGGCAGUGCCCUUUGAUGGGGCGCAUCGUAGCAAGCGAGCCACUGCCCUUUGA